AUGAGCUCAUUCAACAGCGAUCUCACGGAUAAACUCAAUGGUAUUCUCGUCAUUCUUUACAAAUAUAUCGUUCCAAUUAUAUAUACUUUGGGUAACAUUGGGAAUAUCAUAAGUCUCAUCAUAUUCUUGAAAAAAUCUUGGAGAAAACAUGUUUGUGUCGUUUAUUUCAUCAUGUAUAUUUUCUUCAAUACAUGUUACCUCAAUUCAACAACACUGGCAUCAAUCUUCAUUUUUGGUUAUCAAAUCAUGGCUCAAACCACGAACAUUGUCUUAUGCAAAGUUUACAUUUAUAUGGCAUUCAUUUUUGCAACGAUUUCACCAACUAUUCUCAUUCUUGCAUCGAUCGAUCGUCUCUUAAUCUCCUCUGAAAACAUCCAACUACGGUUAUAUAGUUCAAAACGAUUAGCUUAUUUCUCAACAGGCAUAAGCACGGCAUUCUGGAUGAUAUUCAACCUGCAUGUUUUGAUUAAAGUUGAUAUUCAAAAAGUGUCCCCAACUCUUACGAUUUGCUAUUACGAUCUGUCGAAGUUCUAUUUUGAUUUUGUAUUCUUCUCACUGAUGGCUAUUCACAUUAUUUUCGGGUUGAUGAUGUUUAUUCUAUGCAUAUUAUCUUUUCAAAACGUUCGACGAAUUCGAAAUAUCUCUCGACAGCAACGACGAAAUCAAAUUCGAACCAUGAAAAAGAAAGACUUUCAACUACUUCACUGCCUAUUCGUGCAAAAUCUCGUUUUUAUCACCUUUGCAUUCUUGGUUAACAGCAACUUCGUAUAUGGAACUAUCCUGCGAGAGAGUUCACCAACAUCCCUUCCAUAUAUAAUUCAACAAUUUCUGGACCAAUUCUUAUCAGUUCUUUACAAUAUUCCUUACUGUACGAAUUUCUACAUAUUCAUAUUCAUGUCCAAAUCAUUCCGGCAAGACGUGUAUCGAUUAGUUUUGAAAUUAUUUCGAAAGGAGUCAAUGGUGUCCGGAGACGAUGAAAAUAAUGAACAUCAUAUUGCUGUUGCUAACUAA